AUGACGUGGGCGGAUGAAUCUGAAUCCUCCUACCCGGCACUCUGGGAAUGCUUCCAUCGAACAGGUCAUCAUCUUGGGAGCACCCCGCAAGGAGGGUCUGGCCUGCAUGUCUGCUCUGUCAUGUUCAACCUCGGACUCAUGCUCCCAGCCUUCGUAUGGCCUCUACGUAUCCUGCAUCCUGUAUGUACCAUCUGGGUAGUCGGACCCGCUGUCUCACUGAAUAAUGAGAAAGGCUAG